AACAAUAUGGCGAUCUGAGUGAUACACGUGUUGCAACAGUAGUGAGUAGUUGUUAUUUAGUUAAUAAUAAUUGUGUGUUUGAGCGAAAUUUUUGAUGUCUGCGUAAUAAUUUUACAAUCGACACGUGCCAGCGCGAUGUAAGAUAACGAACUCGAGGCAUUUUUCACAAUUACAGUGUUGGAAAUUCAAGUGAGCCGCCGGUAAAUUUUCGAUUAAAAGAGGAUAGAUGAUCGAAAAAAGAGACUUUCUCUUUUUUGACUAAAUCUAUGAGAAAUUUAGGAGAUCUAAUUCAGUCUGUCGUCUAGCAUCAACGACUUUGUAACAACGCGGCUCGAGUACUGUUCAGUGAAUUUGUUCAUUGAAAUUAGUGAAACGCAACGUAAAUUUUCAAGACUGAAAUUGAAUUCCUAUCAUCAAUAUAUUGCCAUGGCUGUAGAACAGAGACGUUUGUUGUAACUGCGUGAGGUUAAAACAUCCAAUGCACAUACUUUUUACACAAAAAAAGUAUAUUUUCAUUCACAAACACGUGUCACGCUCGAAAUUCGAUUUCUACGGUUGCCUAAACGGCUCGUUCUCAUUCACGACUCACAUCUGGCGUCCAUUUUAGAUUGUUGAAGAAUCCACCUUACUUUCGAAUCGUUUCGAUACGUAGGUGGUAUUGCGAAUAGUUAACCGAAUUUAUUGAGUGAUCGCAGUUCGCCGAUUACAAACCACAUGGUCCGCAACCCAAUCGAGAAAAAGGAAAAACACAGAAGAAAUCAUGGACGUGAUCGAAACAGUAACGGAAGAAGAGGAACUGAUACAAGGAAAAUAUACCAAAGGAGAUGUUCUAUAUGAUGUAAUGCAUAUUGUGAUGGAAAACUUUACAGUAUCUGAAUUAAGCAAAGCAGCUUUAGUGUGCAAAAAUUGGUACAGAGCAUCCAGGGAAGUUCUUCGCACUAGAGGUCCAGAAAGAAUUAAGUUACCAGAUACGUAUGAAUGCAUGUACAUGCUUCCACGUUUCAAUUUAAAAGACUACAUGUAUCACAAGCCACAAAACACAAUAUUAUUUUACGGGCCGGAACCCAAAUUAAGACCUAAACCAAAUGCCGAAUUAGAGGCGAUGAACGUCUUUAGCCAUCACUUUGUAGGUAGAGUAACAAUUCUGGGCAUGAAUACUGUAUUUAUGGACGAAGAAGAAAUUCUCAGCUGUCCAAAGAGAAUUGGUUUCGAUCACGAAGACAAAGCAAAUGGGAUAAGUGGCCUUUCAUUUCCGGAUUACAAAGAUUUGAAAGUAGUCGUUGGCACUUGCCCAUCUUACGACGAAAAUGGCGAAAGAAACGCAGAGAUGAUUUACAACAAAGUUCAUCCGAAGGAUGAUGAGACUGGACCAUUUACCUUCUUUAUGUUUGGACACUGCUACCAUCCCUUAUGCUCUUUCUUUUUAACUCACUUUAAAAAAAAUAUGAAACCUGAUCAUCGAUACACCAUUCUCGGAUGCGCCAACCUCGAUGCUAUGAAAACUGUAGCAAGAAACAUUCCAUUACAUCUUCAAGCCGAUAAGCGUAUGGAAGGUCUCAUUGUUUAUCGCCUAUCAGGAGACUGUCUUCAAUCAGAUUCAGUCGUGUUGAAUUUUCACAAAAGAAUAGACGAAAUUAUUGAAAAAUUAGAAAUUUUCCGAACUGGGGUGACAUUGAGAAAAAAUACGUUAGCUUGGAUGUGUGGCGCGUCGCUUGAAGACAAGGAGAGAGAGACUGAGAUCGUAAAAUUGGUGAAACAAACGUUUCCUCAGAUACCACUGACUGUCACACUUGGUCGACCCGAACAGUGGUAUUAUGGAAUCGAUUCACUUACACGCAUUGGACACCAAGGAAUUGAGUACCGAUAUGGAGCAACGCUUCUACUCAUGUCCUUCAAUUAGACCAAUUUAUGUAAAUAGAGAUGUGUAAAUAUCGUACUAGAAAUUAUUAGAACGCAUUAGAACUCUAAUUGUUAGGAUAAAUUUUUGUACUCAGGAAGUUAAGUAUAAAUUUGUAUUUUUUGAAAUUAAUUCUUUGUAACACUUAUUUGUGAUAAUCGUUUCAUACAAAAAAUAAAUAAAUUGCCAAAAUUUAUGUAAUAAA